UAAUGUAUGGUUCUUCAUUGAUGCUUUUGCUUAAAAAAUCUUUAUGCUCUUCAGUUAAAAUAGAUCUUUUAUCUCCACCUUUUGGUUUGAGAACAACUCGAUCUUCCAUAUCAAAUCAUUUUACAAUGUCAUGCACAGUUGAAUGUGGAAUUC